UAACUGAUGAGGAAGUGAAAGCUCUUCUUAUUCUUUCAUUUGAAUUCCCCACGUUUUGCUGUUGGACUCAGGGCUGAAAUGGGGAACAUUCCAUUGUAUCGACCUUCACGGCCAUUUAGGAAUUUUGUUUAGCAGACCGGUAAGGAAGAUCAGGAGGAGAGUUCUUCAGGACGGUUUGGGCACUAAAACUCAAAGAAUGGAAGGACCCGAUAGAACCUGCACGAUGAACAACGAAUAUAGGAACAGCUUGGCCAACAUGGAAGAAAUCAAUCUGGAGGAUGCAGACGGAACCAGCGUAGAAUUCAGAGUUCUGAUGGCCUACGCACAGCGUCGACUGUCUGCGAGCAAAUAUGGGCAAUUAUUGGAAAGAGAAUCCGGAGUCCAGGAGGAAAGGAGAGAGGUUGUGCCAGCUGACACUCUGGCCAAGGAAGAAGUGACCCUCCCAGAAAUUUCUCCAGAAGAUCAUAAACCACCAAAGCCAAAGGACCAGAAGGCAAAGAAGAAGAAGAAAGCAAAGACGAAGACAAGAACCAACUGGAAAUACUUUUGUGUUCCUUCUUGCCUAAGGCCACAAACAAGGGCAGCCAGGAACCUUCAAGUAUCCUUAAAGCAGGACUCUGUCAAUGGCCAUGCCAUGAAGCUGAUCCCCAGGAUUGAGGGUUUAUCAGAUGACCUGGAUAUCUCUCGUGUGGCAGAGAGACUCGUUGAGAUAGUGGAUCAUUCCAGAUGUCCCGGUGGGAAGAAGGGCACCCCAGUACUGGAACGUGCAUUGAGUCUAGAAGAAGAUGGUGGCUUAGCCAGCAAGCCAGUCCCACCAGCUGGGCUUGAUGGACUGGACAAUGAAGAAAAUGUUAUUGAUGCAAUUGUUGCCUUGUUACGGAAGUCAGGAGAUGAGCUGGAGGAAGAGAUGAGGAAGGAUAAGACCUUCUGUCAGAGUAUCUGGAAUAUGAUGACCUCCUAUGCCUUCUUCAGGAGAGUGACAGACCAGUUCCUUGAGGAGAUGCCCAUAGACUCCACAGUGAAUUCAGAGGAUGAAGUUAAGAGCAUGAAAGUUGCAUUGAUUAUGGAAGCCACCACCAGACUCACUGCAGUGGACAAUCAUCCCAUGAAUCUUGUGCUGGGCUUUGGAACAAAAUACCUGCAGGAAAACUUCAGCCCUUGGAUCCAAAGCCAAGGGGGAUGGCUAAUAGCCUUAGGAUUACCAGACCAGGAAGAAGUUGAAUGAGGAAAGGAGCUCAUCUUCACGAGUGUUGCUUAAUACGGAGAAAAGUGAUUGGGACGUGAGAGGAAAAACUUAGUCACUCUCAUGAUUGCCUCCAAUACGGGGAGAUGAUGGUUCAUGGAAUCUUUUUGAAGACCAGCAACUGCAGCACCAGAUGCCAUGGGACAAGGACAGGAUCCGCAAUAUCUGUUUUAAUCCUGCUCAACAUGAGCAAGAGAUGAAAGAGCCACGCAGCUCUUAUUAUCGCAGGGACCCGAAGCCUUCUGGUGGAAUCAAGCUACUUAUUUUGCAAAUUUGGCUUCUGGAUCUAAGUUAAGCACGCAACCCAUCCUUGCUUCUUCAGCCUGGAUGAGAACUGAAGGCUGCCUUGAAGGAUGGCUGCCUUGAGCCAGGAAUGUGAAGGCAAACAUUGGGUUGCCACAAUCUCCUUUUCCUGCAGAGGUGUCUCAAGGGUGGGGUUCCGAAAAGGCAAGAUGGCUAUGCCAUCUUGAUUUUUUGUGAGCCCCCCCUCCCCAGGACGUUGUCAGAAUGGCUCAUCAACUGCUUUCUAGCUCUUUGGUGUCACAGUCUUGAGAUGCUUUUUUCUUUUUAAUUGAACAGAUCUCUCGCCCCCUUUCCUCGGGAGGUUUGGUCCAAGUGUAAAUAGAAAAUGGCACAAUGGGUUUAGACAAAGAAGGUGUAGUAGGGAUGAUGGACCUGAUUUUGAAAGGGAUUAAAUCCUAAAGAGAUAAAAUUAGCUUAAGUCACAACAAUUGAUUUCGAUGCACAUAAUCAAGAGAAUAAUAAAACAAGUGAUUUCCCUUC